AUGUCUGAGUACGAGUUGAAAGUGGCCACUCGUGGCAACCACGCGGCUCUUCUGCCCGUGGUUCUCAUCGUCACCUCCAUCAAUGAGGCCCGCCCUACCCCCGUCGUCACCAUCACCUACGAGGACACUGCUCUUCUCCAGGAUGGCGACAAGGCCAUUGUGCAGCUCACCACUGGCUCCAACUCUGUCUUUGGCACUGCCAAUGUCAUCCAGGAGCUUACUGCUCACUUCCCUUUCCUGACUAGCAAGGAUUCCAAGAUCGAGGCCGAGUGGAUCUCUCAGUUGGAUUCCCUGACCACCCUUGACUUCAAGGCCCUCGAUCCCGUGCUCCAGCGCCUUGAUACCCACCUCCUUAUGCGCUCGUUCGUCGUCGGAUACUCUCUGUCUACCCCCGACAUUGCCCUCUGGGGUGCUCUCCGUGGUAACCGUGUCGCCGCUGCGGCCCUGAAGAAGGGAUCCCUGGUCAACCUUACCCGCUGGUACCGUUUCUUGGAGGAGCUUUGCCCCUGGACUACCGCUGCUGUGGAGUCCAUGAACGCAGUUGCUAAGGAGAAGAAGGUGGCCAAGUCCAAGGAGGGUGCUAGUUACGACAUUGCACUCAAGAACACCGAGAACGGUGUCGUUACCCGAUUCCCUCCCGAGCCUUCUGGAUAUCUCCACAUUGGUCACGCUAAGGCCGCUCUUCUCAAUGACUACUUUGCGCACGAGAAGUACAACGGUACUAUGCUCCUUCGAUUCGACGAUACCAACCCUUCCAACGAGAAGCAGGAGUUCGAGGACGCCAUCGUGGAGGACCUUGCGCUCAUGGGCAUCAAGCCUAACAAGAUGACCUACACCAGUGACUACUUCGACGAGCUGUACGACUACUGUAUCAAGAUCAUCAAGCAGGGUGACGCCUACGCGGAUGAUACCGAUAAGGAGACUAUGGCCGCCCAGAGAUGGGACGGCUUGCCUAGCCAGCGUCGCGAUCUUUCCUCCGAGGAGAGCUUGUCGCGCCUAGAGGAGAUGAAGAGCGGCACCCCCGAGGGUCUUCGUUGGUGCAUCCGUGCUAAGAUCUCUUUCGACUGCCCUAACAAGGCCAUGCGUGACCCCGUCAUCUACCGCUGUAACCCAGCGGUCCACCACCGCACCGGUAGCAAGUGGAAGAUCUACCCGACUUACGACUUUGCCUGCCCUAUCGUUGACUCCAUGGAGGGUGUCACCCAUGCUCUGCGUACUAUCGAGUACCGUGACCGUAACCCCCAGUACCAGUGGAUGCUGGACACUAUGAAGCUGCGCAAUGUGCAGGUGUGGGAUUUCGCCCGCAUGAACUUCGUUCGCACCCUCCUCUCUAAGCGUAAGCUGACCAAGCUGGUCGAGACUGGUCUUGUUUGGGGCUGGGAUGAUCCUCGCUUCCCUACCAUUCGUGGUAUUCGUCGCCGCGGUAUGACAAUUCCCGCUCUCCGUGAGUUCAUCCUUAAGCAGGGCCCCUCUAAGGCUGUGACCAACUUCGAUUGGGGUCUUAUCUGGGCAACCAACAAGAAGUACAUUGACCCUAUUGCCCCGCGCCACACCACCAUCUACAACAAGAACGUUGUCAAGACCACGGUCACCGGUGGCCCUGCUACCCCUUACUCUGAGGAGAAGCCUCGUCACAUCAAGAACGCCGCCGUCGGCAUGAAGAAGGUUGUCUACAGCAGCUCUAUCAUCCUCGAGCAGGAGGAUGUCAAGCUGUUCAAGCCUGACGAGGAAAUCACUCUUAUGAACUGGGGUAACGCCAUUGUCCGUAAGGUCAGCACCAAUGCUGAGGGCAUCAUCACCGAUCUCGAGCUUGAGCUGCACAUGGCCGGUGAUGUCAAGAAGACCGAGAAGAAGGUUACUUGGCUUGCUACCGAGGGACAGGACCUCGUCCCCGUCGAGCUGGUCGACUUCGACCACCUUCUGACCAAGGAUUCUCUCGGUGAGGAUGACGUUCUCGAGGACUUCCUCAACUUACACACCGAGUUCCGCGAGGAGGGUCUGGCCGACUGCAACGUCGCUGAUCUCAAGGAGAGCGACAUCAUCCAGUUCGACCGCAAGGGCUACUACCGCGUUGACCGUGCUUACUCUCCUGGUAAGCCUGCGGUCUUCUUCAACAUUCCUUCCGGCAAGUCCAAAUAG